AUGGGCCGGCUAAUGAAGCUAAGAAAUCUCAUAGAUUUGUUCAAAGACAAAGCCUCCUUGAUCAAAGCAACCCUAUCAAUAAAACGCGUCGCCGGUUCCAUAAACGUCGCCGUCCUCCGCGCCACCACCCACGACUCGUCGGGUCCCCCGACGGAGAAGCAUGUCGGCGCCGUCCUCGCCCUCGGCAACGGCUCCCGCGUCACGGCGUCCUUAUGCAUCGAGGCGAUCAUGGAUCGCUUGCACGACACGCAAAGAGCUUCGGUUGCCAUAAAAUGCCUCCUCACAAUCCAUAGCAUCAUCGCGAGGGGCCCCUUUAUUCUUCAAGACCAGCUCUCGUUCUACCCUUCUUCCGGCGGCAGAAACUUUCUCAACCUGUCAACGUUCCGAGACAAUUCCGGCGUGGAUAUGUGGGAAUUGUCGUCGUGGGUUAGAUGGUACGCCGGUUUUUUGGAGCAAAACUUGAUGGUUUCCAAGGUUUUGGGUCAUUAUUUGUGUUCAUCUCCACGUGCGAAUAAUAAAGAGGAUAAAGAAGACAAGGUGCAGGCUUUCUCGACCUCGGAUUUGUCGAGAGAGCUAGAUGUUCUUGUCGAUAUUGCAGAGCAGAUCGGCGAAGCGCCGGAUUCGUUGCACCUUCAGAGGAUCGCGUUGGUUUAUGAGGUGGUGAGAAUGGUGGGUGAAGAUUACAGGCUGGUUCAGUCCCAAAUCUUGCUCCGACUUUCGGAACUCGGAAAUAGAGCGGAAAAUAUGAGUUACGGCGAGUUGACUCGUGUGGUAAACGCGUUGAAGAGGUUUGAGGAUUGCAAAGAGAGGUUGUCGCUGUUGUUCGCUAAUCGAAAGAGGAAUGAUGGGUUGUGGGAAUUGAUUGGCGAGACGAAGAUGAAGCUCCUUAUGAUGAUCAGGAAGAUGGAGGAAAUGAGGCUGGUAAUGGUGAGGAUGGGAAGGAGAGAUGACGGAGGUAGUGAGUCAACGCGGUUCAGAAAUCCGUUUGCCCAGUCGGGGAAGUUGUUCGGUUCGGAUCUGGUGCUUGUUCAUGGGUGGGCCUAGAUCGGGUUGUUCUGUAUUGUAAUUAAGUCACAACAUAAGGGGUUUUUGCCCCUAAAAUAUAGUGUAUUUUUUGCCAAAGAAAAUUUUA